CCGGACGCAGAGCAAAACUUGCUUGCUUUUGGUUUUUGAUUAUGGCAACCGGUUGUACGAAGAAUCAGUAACGGCAGCUUAGACUUUCUGCGUAUCAGUACGAAGAAUCAGUAAUGACUGGGGCGUUGCCUUGCGUGAAAAUAAAGGGACGGGGAAUAGUGGUAAGCAGCUGAAUCCCGAAGAAGAACUCUGCGUCUGCCAUAGUUGUAUCUAUCAGCAACACCGUUUUGGGCUUGUUCCUUUCCUUCAACACUGAUUAACUGCUGAUGGUCUAAUAGUAAAAUGUAAAUGUGAAAAAAGAAAGGCAAAGUAGAAGAUGUAGUUCUACUAGUCAGGCGAACAAGGUCUAAAUCCUAGAUAAAUAGUUCAACUCUCUUCAUCAUCUAAUCCCAAAAGCUAGCAAACGCUCCCUUACCCCCAGACUCCUGGUUCGAAAAAUCUUUAGCCGAUCACGCAGACCGGCGUGGAUUUUUAGACUAUGACGCUAUCAUGGACAUUCUAGAAAACCAUGUGGAAUACCUGCAUUCGAAGUUCACCAAGAACAAACGCGUGGAACGGAGAACCCUUAUCGAUGCUAUAGAUCGCGCAGAAGAAUCCUUUGCAGAUGCGGAGAUGGAGAUGAAGAAUAAGAACAAUAGUACUGGUACGAGUACGAUGGUGUCCUCGUUCGAGGAAAAUAUUAUAUGGCAAAUCAAGUGAGUCCUCAUCGUCUUUAAACAUCGUUAGAGGAAGUAGACUGUUUAGUGAGCAGUAGACUGUUAGAGAGACUGUUAGAGGAAGUAGACUGUUAGAGGAAGUUUCCCUUAGCAGUUUAAUGAGCAUACUACUUCCGCUCAGCAGUUUAGUGAGCAUGCUACUGCUCAAGUUUCUGCAGCAUGAAAAAGUUCAUACCUGGACGACGUAAAGCACAUCCCAGCCACUGCUGCGGACGUGAAUCUACGAGCGGUGAAGACAGAUCGAGG